GCUCAUUAUUUCAGCACUUUUUUUAUUUUUUUAUUUUUCGCCUUUUCACACAUAGAAGAAGGGUUAUUGCAAACAGGGCAAAUAAGCUUUCAUUUUCCUUAUCUAUACUCGAGAGAGUCAAAAAUCUCCGGUUUAAACCACUGAACCAGUGAGCUCACCAUUGAGUUGAUGUUAUAAAUACCUGUCCUUGAAUCUUUGCUUACCGUCAAUUUCGAUCAUCGCCACUGACCUACCGUCGACGAUGAAUAAUUGCAUUCCUCCACCUCUUGGAUUAUCGAGACCGAGCCGUGGGGAUACUCGUUAUCGCUUGGUUGUCGUACAGCAACCGAUAAGGGCCCGGUCUUGUGGAUUUGGCGAGAAAGACAGACGCUUAGUAGAUCCUCCUCCUAUUUUACAACUUUUUGCUGAACAAGACACUGGCGAAAUAGUCAAAGUCAAGCCCAGGGCUUCUGAAUCCAUGUUAUUCUUAGUGCAAUGCGAAUUAUAUUGUGAACGACAAAUCGAGAAUCGGACAGUAGUAUAUACACCUGGUUGUGUUCCACCUUCGGAAUCCAGUGGUUCACUCAAAGGCGUCAUUUCACUCCGCAAACCACAAUACGUACGAAACUUGACGGGCUCGGUGAUUUCCAAUGCGUAUCAUCUGUUCAACGAGAAGAACGAAAUGGGAGUUUAUUUCAUAUUUCACGACUUAUCUGUUCGUACCGAAGGCCGAUUUACAUUAAAGUUCAUGUUCAUCGAUUUAGCAGCAGGCGAACCGUUGACCAUGAGUACCCAGGUCCAAACUGAAGUCUGCUCGGAUAUCUUUGUUGUUUACUCUGCAAAAAAGUUUCCCGGUAUGACAGAAUCCACGGAAUUAUCAAAAUGUUUCGCACGGCAAGGGAUUAAGAUUGCUAUUCGGAAAGAGUCGUCGUAUAAGCGAUCGGCCGAUAGAUAUUAUCAAAUGCCAGUGAAAGUAGCACAAAAGUCAAAGGACGAUAAAAACGACGACGAUCGGAGCGAAGAAAUAGAAGACCGAUUCUACACGUCAGCAUAUCCUUCCUCUUCAUCCUCCUCGUCUGUCCCACCAUCCUCCUCUUCCAGCAUGCCCUACACACGCCUGUCCAUUGCCAAUGUUCUCUCGCCUGUCGACGACGAGUAAUAUACCAGCCAGUCGCCCACCUACAUUCACAUCCCCGGGAUCUGAUGAUGCUUUUUUAUCUUUUCCUCCCUGUUUUCAUUAUUAUUAUUAUUAUUAUUUGUGCUUCUAUCAUAUUUCAUGCCUUCGUCUUACUUCUUUCAUUGCAAUUACAGAAAAAAAUUCACUUCGUUUUGAUGCCCAAUGUACAUAUUGUUUUACAAAGAAAAAAAAAGAAAAUCAUAUUUAUAAUUGUUACUAUGCUCAUUGAUCCAGGAACCCGAUCAUUCACACUUAUUUUAUUUUAAAUGAAUGCCUAUCUUUUUUUUCUUUUUCUUUUUCUUUUUC